AUGCGAAUUGUGGCAAGUGUUAGAAGUGGUGAAAAGUUGCGUUUGAGAAAUGAAGCAUAUUGUGGGCAACAUUGGAAUCAAUGGAACUGUUUCGGAUUAUUCCACAAAAUCCAUAUUUCCGUCCACCGGAGAAGGAGAAGGAAUGCACACGCAAAGGACAAGCCAUCAACAAAAUGCGACUGUCUCAUCCUUUUAAGGAAAAAAGAAACAGAGAUUGUCGGAUUGAAAUACAGAUAG